AUGGAGUCCCCUGUCGUCGUUGGCGGGCCGCGGGCGGGGACGUUGCGCUACGGCAGCCAACUGCCUGCGUGUGCCACCGGGGGCAGGGGGUCGGACGGCGUUUCGUCGGUCGUGGUGUGCCCGCAAGGGGCCCUUCGGAGUGCUUCUCCAGUGUGUUCGUAUGGCGCGGUUGUUUCUGCGUCCCCAGGUCGCCAAGUGGUUAGACGGCGCGUGGCUGCGACGAUUUCUGCGCACGCGCAAGUCGAUAGCUCGUCCAGAGUCGCCUAUCGCUCGCCGGAUCGGUAUGCGGUCUCCGCAGGUGUCAACGGCCUACUACACCACGGGCAGGUUCUUUCCACCGCCUGGAGCCCGUCCGGAGAGGCUGCCGUUAGCGUGCCCGUCAUUCCUCUCCGUGUGGCUUCUGUGCAUGCGCAUGAGACCAGGAAGGCGCAGGCGGUGCCGGGUUCCGGGGAACUGGCUUCCCCAGGCGGCGGGGGGUUCCUUCCUUCCUUGAAAGCUUUCUUCGGAUUCGGAUCUAAGGCGACAGAGGCCGCUUCGCUCGCGGAGAGCCAGGCGCCCGCAGAGGUGUCCAGCGGAAUGGCCUCGCAAGUCCUGCGCGUGGGGGGCACUUACCAGAUCAUCGCCGCGCCGAGAACAACCCACCAGUUUGUGGUCGUUCGUCGCGCUUCUCAGAAACCCGCGCAACACGCCAAUGUCCUGCCUGCGAGCCAGCGUCCGCUGCUCAUAUCCGGUCAGACAGGCAGAAGCGUCGAGAGAGAGGGACUCCCUGCAUCUGCGCACAGGGCGGCGACCCCCGAGGCGCCGCGCUGGGUGGACGCCAGCGGACGGGUCUGGAUGGGUGCGAACCCCCGACGUGAGACUCCGCGACAGCCCGUUCGAGUGCACGGAACCCCCGCCAAGAAUGCGCAGAUCUUCCACCGGAGGGUCGCGAGCUCUUCCCGCGGAAACGCAACUGCUUUUGUGCCUGUUGCGGCGCUCCCUUCGCUGGUGCCUUCGGGGGGCGUGUCCACGCCUGGAACUCCUCGGGAUGGGGCUCGGGCAAGAGGCGUUGUCUCGGGCGUCAGGAGCCCUACGGCGAGCCCGUCGCCAGCCCCCUCCCUUCACGUCCAGCGCGCGAAGAAGGACGGUGUCGCCGCGGUCAGGAGACAGGCGACGAGCGCCGGAGUGGGGCCGCAACACGGGGCGGGCUACCACGCGCCGCGGCAAAACGCGCGGGCCGACGCAGCGCCCAGCGCAGGGACAACUGCCAAGGCUUCGAAGGCGGAGGGGCUCCCCGAGUCAGCGGAGGAGACAGGCAGCCGUCCGCCCAGCGGCGCCGAGGACAAAGUGCUGAUGGAGUUUGGGCAGGCUCACCCUGACGGUGUGUUGAAGGGAUGCAAAAAGAUCGUGGAGACCACCGACGAGGGACAGGCUGUCGAGGAGCGACUCGUGCAGAAACUCAUGAUCCACGACAACCCAGAUGUGUUUGUGAUGCCCAACCUCGUCUCGCCCAACGCGUGCGAGAGGCUCAUCGCCUACUGCGAGGGCCGCUGGGAACCCAGCAAAACGAGUCGGGGCAAGGCGGACGCGGUGCCGGACGCCUACUCAACAAGCACGAGCUUGACGCGGACGAGCAUGUCCGUGCGGCUUCGCCCCGCGGAGACACCCGAGGUGCAGCGUCUCGAAAGCAUCGUGGCAGCCUUCGCGGAGAUGCCGGUCAGCCACCUCGAGCCGCUUGUCGUCGUCAAGUACGAGGAGGGCGAGUUCUUCAGCGAGCACCACGACGGCCAAUUCCGACCAGUGACGAUGUUGCUAUAUCUCAAUGACGUCGCUGAGGGAGGCGAGACGGAGUUUUCCAACAUGGGCCUGAAGAUCACCCCGACGCAGGGGUGCGGCCUGAUGUGGCGGAAUGUCUGCGGGCCGAACAACCAGAUCGACCCGCGCGUCCUCCACGCAGCCCUGCCCCCGCUGAAGGGCCAGAAGUACGUGGUGAAUUGCUUCUUCAACCAACGCCCCUUGAGAAACAGCAUGCUGCCGAACCGAGCCGCGGCCGCAGGGGUCGGCGGCGCCCCGCUGGCGAACCGGUAUGCGACGGCGACGGCGGCGACGCAGAGUCAGCCCACGUCGCCUCGCGCAGUGGGAGGGGCGGCGGCGUACAGGCCAACGCCUCCGCAGUUGCCCUCCUCGGUGGGCGGGUCUCGUACGCACGACGCUGUUGCGGAGCGAGGCGUCGCCGCCAGUCGUCCGCGAGCGGCCUCUCCUGGGCUGCCCUCCAGCGCCGCCAGGGCCAGCUUCCCAGUCUCCGCCAUCUCGCAGGCAGCUGGCCUGCCGAGUGGCGGAUGCCAGGGCGUAUUCCUUCAGGGACGGGGCGCGCUGCCAGCGCCUGGGGCCGCAGUCCAGAGGGCGCCGGGCCGGGCGGCGACGUCGGUGCCCUUCCAGGGCUACGCGGGCCGACAGGGGGGAGCCAUGGGGCAGACGGCCGCGCCGGCGCCCUUUGGGGCGGCGCCGGUGGCCGCUGCUGCCGCGCACACGCCUUUCCUGAACAUGGCGGGGCUCUCCUUGCCUGCCGCGGGAUUCGCGCAGACGGGCGGGAAUCCAGGGGCGAACUUUUUCUCGAGUGCGCCGGCCUUCAUGAUGGUUUUCGGCCCCGACGGGGUCCCGCAACUCAAGCCCCUGACCCAGGAUCAGGUAGAUGAUGGCGUGGGCAAGCACUUGAUCAUGGAGGCGAUGCGAAAUAUGGCGCCUCCCGGUCAGCCGCGGGGACAGAGAAGAAGCACUUAA